ACAGAUAUUUUUUUAAAGAGUGCUGCUAACUAAUGUGUGGUUUGUGAUUGUGAGUUGUGAGAAAAAUACAGAGUAUUGAAAUAUAAACAAACAUUGUUUACUAUAUUAUUUUAAAAACACUAAAUAAUCAGUGUUUUUGCUUAAUAUUAACGACGGCAUCUUUAGAAUCCUUAGGUGGGAAUUUGAAUCAAGGCCUUAAAAUUUGCUGUUAAUGUUAAAUAAGCAAACAUUGUUAUUGUAACCAAAUCGAUAUUGGCUUGUAAAAGAAAGCAAUGAAGUACGGACGAUUCCGAAUUGUGCAAUGGGAUUUUGUGUUACUUUCAGAACAGAUUUUGUGUAUUCAAUUUUGUACCUACUCUUCGCUUGGAGCUGUUUUGUUGUUGAUCAAUUCCGUCUUUGAUGAAAACGUACCAAUAUCUUCGAUUUUUAAAUAUGAUGUUCUUUGGAUCGCUAAAUAUAAUGGCAGCAUAAUCUUUUUGGUCUUUCUGAUAAAUUCUGUUUUUGCAGCGGUACUGUUGUGGUUGGUUGUAAAGAAAGCAAAACUAUGCCUUGAUUUCAGUUCCACAUUUUAUGGACUUCAUUUACUUAUCUGCUGGUGGUACAACUCUUCGUUCCCGUUGCAUAUGUCAUGGUGGCUCUUAAAUGGUAUAACGUCUGCUGCAAUGUGCAUUGGUGGAGAAUUUCUUUGUCUAAAGUCAGAGUUAAAAAAAAUUCCUGUCGGUUAUUAAAUUAAUAUAUGAAAACCAGGCGCAUGAUACACCUCUUACGAUCGUCAUUUUUUGUUUUUUUUUUUUUAAAUACAUUUUCAUAAAAAUGCACCUGUAUCUAAAAUAGGUUUACUACGUUAAAAAUGACACUGUUCUGUGACAUUAGAAAGUGUUUUUAUUAAAGAUGUUUUCUUAACAAAGAGAUUAAA